AGCGCGGAGCUGCGAAAAGCGAGCACACUAAACUCCCGGUGUGCUGCGUCGGAAGCGCGCAGUCUUUGUUUCUCUGCUCUCGGUGUCGCUCUUUUCGCUCGUUUUUCUGACUUACUCGAUUUAACCUUGUUUUUGCGCUCUCACAUUACAGACAGUAAUCUCACUCCAUAAUUAACCCAUUAGCAAUAUAUGAAUAUAUAACCACGUUUACCGCAGUGUUGGGUGGGUGCAAGUGUGGCUGAUGGCUGUCUGGGACUUAUUUGUCUGGAUGAAAGACCCUUUAGAUAAACGCGAUGUGUUUCUUAACGCAUCGUCUUCUAAUGUGGGUGGUCUUAUUCAUUCAGCUCUGCGACACAAAUACGGCUGUAAGGGUCAUUGGUCGGAGUGCAACUGUUAAAGCAGGAGACGAAGCCACCUUGUUCUGUCAGCUGGUUGAGACAAAUGAGAGACUAACACGGAUUACUUGGCAAAAAAGGACUCGGAAAACACUCACAAAUAAGAACUUUUUUGUUAUUACACCAGAGGGGAAAACAGAAAAUAUAAAUGGAUUAGGAGUCAGAACUGAAUUUAUUGGGAACAUUCAAGAAACGACUGGCACAAUUCUUCUAAAGAAUGUUACAUUAUUAGAUGAAGGAGUUUACACCUGCAUCUUCAACAUAUUUCCAAGUGGACCAUUUGAGACAGAGAUUCAUCUCAGUGUUCUAGUUCCUCCUGUUGUUGGUGUGAAGACUGAUGCGAUUCCUGUUGUUGGUGAGUCUGAAGUGACCUUGGCCACAUGCACUGCUGCUAAAGCACGGCCUGCUGCAGUUGUGUCCUGGAGUCUGGGUGCUCUGAGCGACUCUGUAAAAGUAAAGACCAACAUUUCUGCAGACCCUGAUGGAUCCUUCACUGUCAGAAGCUUCCUGAUUGGUGAAGCAUCCAAAGAUCUAAACCAGCAGAAGGUUCAGUGUUUGGUGAACCACACCACCCUGAAUGAGCAGCUGAUACUGGACUACGCUCUAAUUAUCCAUUAUCCUCCUCAGAUUGUGUCUAUUAUUUCAGUCAAUAUUCCAGCAGCAUCGCAAGAAUUUCAGUGUGUAGUUGAUGCCAAUCCACAACCUGCGAAGUUCAUCUGGAGCAGGAUAAACAGGAGUCUUUCCAGCCGUGUUAAUGCUGACAGGCUGACAAUCCCACUGACCUCUGAUAAUAAUGGCUUGUAUAUGUGUAAUGUUUCAAACCAGUAUGGAAAUGGCACAGGUACCCUUUAUGUGAAUGUUUCCAGAGAAUCCACCACUGUCUGUUGGGUUUUGUUCACCUGUCUCCUCCUUGGCUUUAUUGCUGCUUGUUUAAUGGAAUGGAAAUUUAACAUAUUUGAGAGAUUGAGAACAUUUCUUUCAGAACUGAGAAACAGAAUUCGGCGUCCUAGGCAUGAUCCUGUGUCUACAGGUGGUUCCACGUCACCCUCAAGCAAUAGAAGCCGAAACCACCGAGACAGGAGUGGAAGCCAAUAAGACUGUGAGAGCUCCCUCUCCAACGGGACCGUACCUUGUCGCGGUGGAGAGGCUUUUACACUACCAGUCAAAAGUUUGUGUGUGUUAACUGGUAGUGUCCUCUAGCUUCUACUUACAAGAACUGCUCUCCUAACAUUAGAAGAAGCUGCGAGGUACCGAAACGGUCCCAUAUAUUUUGCUGUGUUUUACGGUAGUGUUUCACUUUUGAACUCUCCACUGAUUCAUACUUCUGUUACCUGUGUUUGCAUGAAAUUGUUGAUUGUCAGUCUUCAUUCUUGGGAGAUUUGAAUCAAGUAUCCAAUGUAGUACUAAAAGAAAAAAAAGAAUAACAGACCAUAUUGGCCAAAGUACCUUUUUGAACAGAUUUUAAUCGGUUGUGCAAUUUUUGCGCAAGUCAAAAAAUUAACAUUGGUUUAAAAGGUAAUGUUGCAAAAAAAAAGAAAAAAAAAAAAAGACGUUUUAAACCUUGUUUUCCAUUUUGGCACAACAUUCAGUGUACAUCUGUGGAAUGGUGGUGUUGGAAAAGUAUUUGCGGCUGGGUAACUCAUACCGUGGAUCAACUACUUUGAGGAGUCUUUGAAACCCCUCGUUUUCCACUGUUUUGAUAGGAACCAACCUUUGCCAGAUAAAAUGUUAUUGCUUCUGUUUCCUCUUUCCAUCCUUUUCCAUACUUGUCUUGUCAUAUCGAGCGCCUCUCUCAAAUGCUUGUGUUAGCGUUGUUUGUUUUGGUCUUGCUGUAACAUUAGCGUUAGUCUCUGCUGGCUGCAGUGUAGCGGACCUUCUCAGUGCUUUACUUUCAGCGUACUGUUUGGGAUGUUGUCGCUGUAAAUGGCUGAAAAGGUUUGCCAUGUUGCCGUCUGACGUGAAAACCUUCUCUGUGCAAACUUUGCAAAUCACCAUGGUUUGUGUCACAUCAGUUCAGGCAAAGUUCAAACCAGUUCCAUACUACAGAUGUUGACUUUUUUUGGGGACUAACUCUUCUCCGGUGUUUUCAUUCAUGGCUUCCCGCUCGUGAAAAAGUGGAGCGAGGCAUGAUGGUACGCUAGGAUUGGUUUAUCUGCGUGUCUCUAGGGUGGGCAUAAAAGGGACUAGCAAAUAGUGCGCUUUGACCGAGGGAAAAUAAAAACCCACAUCGCUUGUAUGUGCAUAGAACUGCAGCGGAUAUAAUGUGCAUUGUAACACGAUCCAACAAUCUCCCUGUGAUGGUGUAUCGUGAAAACAUUAUAAUCCUUCACGAUCUGAUGUCGUCAUAUCGCACACCCCUAAUUUGAGGUUCUGUGGAAUAGGACAGCUGGGAGGUUUCUAACAAACCUGGUUACCAUGAUGACCCCAGUUAUAUACAGUUAUUUUCAGUUAAUUUGAUGUAAA